AUGUCGAGAGUUACUAAGUGGAAGAUUGAGAAAACAAAAGUAAAGGUGGUUUUUCGCCUCCAAUUCCAUGCUACACAUAUUCCACAACCUGGAUGGGAUAAACUGUUUAUCUCUUUCAUCCCUACUGACACUGGGAAGGCUACAUCAAAAACAACCAAAGCAAAUGUGAGAAAUGGAACUUGCAAGUGGGCAGAUCCAAUUUAUGAAACUACAAGACUCCUCCAAGACAUUAAAACAAGACAAUAUGAAGAGAAGCUUUACAAACUUGUUGUGGGGAUGGGCUCUUCACGAUCUGGCAUCCUUGGCGAGGCCAACAUAGAUCUGGCUGAUUUCGUUGAUGCAUUGAAGCCUACAGCUGUCGCUUUGCCUCUUAACGGAAGUGAGCCUGGAGUCACACUACAUGUUGCAGUGCAGCUUCUCACUUCCAAAACCGGUUUUAGAGAAUUUGAACAGCAGAGGGAACUCAGAGAGAAAGGUCUACAGACAACCUCUGACCAAGGCACUCAUGAUGGAUCUGCUGAUAGCAAAGAGUCAUCUCCUGACAAGAAUGUCAAUAAUCACAUUAAUAAGGCCAAUUCAAGAGUGAAAUUGAAAAGAGAAUCAAAAAAUCUCCGCCGUACUUCUUCACUUGAAGGAGAAGCAGGUUUAAAUGAAGAGUACGCUAACUCAGCUGCUGGAUUUGAUGGCUCUUCUACUACUUCUGAAAGUGUAUAUACUGAGAAGCAUGAUAUCUGCAGUACGCAUGAAGUGGACAGCCUUAAAAGCACAAUCUCUGGUGAUUUAGGUGCACUAUCCGUUGGUCAAAGUCCUCAAUUAGACAAAGGAGAAUCGCCUGGCAAUCAAUUUCCGCCACAUGACAAUGCUUGGGCUCAUGGUUGGAGCAUAGACUAUUCAGCUGCCAAUAAUUUGGCUGCUGCUUCUGAAGACUGUAGCAGUAGCAGUCUUAAGGGAAGUUUAGAAGCAGUUGAGUCAUCUAUUCUUGAUCUUAAACUGAAAGUGAGCUGUUUGCAAAAUCAUUCUGAUGAAAUAGGCGUUGAAACAAAACUUUUUUCUGAGCAAAUUGUUGCUGAGAUAUCAUCAGGAGAAGAGCUAGCAAGAGAGGUCGCUGUACUAAAAUCAGAAUGUUCAAAGUUUAAAGAUGAAUUUGAGCAGCUUAAAAGUUCUAAGCUAAACUUAUCAUUUGCUUGCAAUGAACCUGCUGAGAUAGAUAGGGAUAAAUUAUUCCACAAUUUACAGUUUAAAUGGCAUAAAGGGCUUUUGCUCAUGGAAGAUAAGUUAAGAGAUAUUCAGAAGGUAUCUAUGGGAUUUCCUGAAAGGGAUUUUAGGUUCUUUAACUUGGAGUUGGAGAGAGUGGUUGAGAUUUUGCAGGAUCUAAAACAAGAAUGUAGAGAUCCAAUUUCAGGGACUAAAGUUGUCAAGGGAAGAGAGAACGAGAAAAUGGAUUUACAAAUGGAUGGGCAGCUUUUAACAGAUAUUGGGUCCGACGCAGCUUUAUUUCAACCUGAGAGCAUGGCUCGUUAUCUUACUGUACCCGGCCUUGUGUCUCAUGAGUUUGAUUCUGUAGAUCCCGCCCUUGCUAUGAAGGAGAAAAUUUUCGAACUUCUAAGGGAGCUAGACGAGUCCAAAACUGAAAGGGAAGGAUUUGUGCAGAAAAUGGACCAGAUGGAGUGCUACUAUGAAGCUCUUAUUCAGGAACUUGAGCAGAGUCAAAGGCAGAUGAUGGCCGAGUUGCAGAAUCUCAGAAAUGAACAUUCAACUUGCCUAUAUGCAAUUUCUGCUGGUAAGGCGGAGAUGGAGAAAAUGCACCAAAAUAUGAAUGAGCAGAUAAUGAAAUUUUCUGAAGAUAAGCGCAUUUUGGAAUCUCUCAACAAUGAGUUUGAAAGAAGGACUAUCUCUGCAGAAGCAGCCCUUAAAAGGGCUAGAUUGAACUAUUCUAUUGCUGUUGGUCAACUGCAAAAAGAUCUCGAACUCCUUUCUUGCCAGGUUCUUUCUAUGCAUGAGACAAACGAGAAUCUCAUAAACCAGACCCUUUCUGAUUCUUCACUUACAAAUGCUGAUGGUUUCCCAGAACCAGCGAAUUAUACUAAAAAUUCAGAAGGCCAUGCUUCUAAUCAAUUGCUACGUCAAAAUCACAGUUCUUCCUUUCACAAACAUUUGGGUGAAGACAUUUUACUAAGCGAUUUGAAAAGAUCACUUCAAUAUCAAGAGGGGUUAUACAAGCAGGUUGAAGAAGAAAUCUGCCAGAUGCAUUUUGUAAAUAUAUACUCAGAUGUGUUUUCGAAGGCUCUGCAAGAAACAUUGUUUGAAGCUAGUCUUAACAUUCAGGCCAUGAAUAAUGAAAAUUUUCAACUCUCGAGACAGCUGGAGCUUACAAAUCAAUCGAACAACUUACUGGUAUUGAGGUUGCAGAAUGCUACAAAUGAUAUCCUCUCGUUAAAGGAGUAUAAGGAGCUUUGCAUAGCGAAGAGCAAUGAUCUUACUCACCAGAACCAAAUUUUAGAAGCAAAUUUACAAAAUCUUGCUCAUGAAAACAAUCUUCUUACUCAGAAAAGUAAUGAGUUGGAAGUCCUUUUGACAGAUUAUAGAAGUUAUAAAAGCCAAUACGUUGCAUGCAGUGCAGAAAAUUCAGAGUUGAAGAGCUUAUUGAAAAAAGAGAACCUAGAAAAUAACCAACUUAAUGAUGAAAUAUCCAUUUUGCAGGAAGAGUUAAAAUCUUUCAGAGCUAAAUUUGAUGAGCUUGAUUCUAUGAAGAAUGAUCUGCAAAACAAAGUCAUCUUUUUGUCUAGUAAGUUGCAGGAAUUGGUGGCAUCAUAUGAUGAUAGACACACUGAACUUUCUCUUUGUAGUAGUUCUGCUUGCUUGGAUUCAGAAUGUAAAGACUUGGAAGGCCUGUUGUUGCAACUAGAACAGCAGCAACGUAAUGCUUUUGAUAAGAUCCUGAUACUCGUUGAAGAGAAGAAAAAUUUAGUGAAUGAAAAACAUAUGGUUCAAGUAUCUUUAAACACAGCAGAAUCAGAUGCUCUAGUCAUGAAACAGAAGUUUGAGUGUGAUUUUCAGCAGAUGGUAAGUAAAAUAAGUGUGUCCGGUAUCCAGUUGCAGAAACUUGAGUCAGAUUUUGAGGUGUUUGUUGACAGGAUCACUGCCGGUCUUAAAUCUGAAGAAAUAUAUUCUCAGCAGCACGAUGAAUUGUUUUCCAGUCUUGAUCAUUUGGAAGCUGAACUUCAGCAACUUAAUUCCAAAAAUCACGAUCUUACUGAAGAAAUUGUUAAGCUAGGUACUUUAUCUAGUGACCUCGAAAUGUGUAAGCUGACCUUAGCAACAGUUACAGAGGAGAAGAAAGCUUUGGAGUUGUCUUUACAGGACAAAACAGAAGAAUCUGCCCAGUUUUCAUCUGAGGUUAGUUUUUUGAAAAACAACUUGUGUUCUCUGAACAAUCAGUUGCAUGAUGAAACAAUCUUCAGAGAAAAAUUGGAGAAAACGGUUAUUGAUCUUACCACCGAAUUGAAUGAAAAACAACACCAGCUGCAGGAUUCUGAUAUGAACAGACAAGAGCUGGUCCAUCUCAAGCAACUGGUCACAGAUGUAGAAUUUGAGAAAUCAAGAAUUUCAGAUCUUCUAGAUAUGGUUCAAGUAUCUUUGAACACUGCAGAAUCAGAUGCUCUAGUCAUGAAACAGAAGUAUGGGUGUGAUUUGCAGCAGAUGGCAAGUAAAAUAAGUGUGUCUGGUAUCCAGUUGCAGAAACUUGAGUCAGAUUUUGAAGCAUUUGUUGACAGGAUCAGUGCUGGUCUUAAAUCUGAAGAAGUACACUCUCAGCAGCACAAUGACUUGUUUUCCAGUCUUGAUCAUUUGGAAGCUGAACUUCAGCAACUUAAUUCCAGAAAUCAUGAUCUUACUCAAGAAAUUGCAAAGCUAGGUACUUUGUCUGGUGACCUUGAAAUAUGUAAACUGACCUUAGCAACAAUUGCAGAGGAGAAGAAAGCUUUGGAGUUGUCUUUACAGGGAAAAGCAGAAGAAUCUGCCCAGUUUUCAUCUGAGGUUAAUUUUUUGAAAAACAGCCUGUGUUCUCUGCAAAAUCAGUUGCACGAUGAAAAAGUCUUCAGAGAAAAAUUGGAGAAAACGGUUAUAGAUCUUACCACCGAAUUGAAUGAAAAGCAACACCAGCAGCAGGAUUCUGAUAUGAACAGGCAAGAGCUGGUCCAUCUCAAGCAACUGGUCACAGAUAUAGAAUUUGAAAAAUCAAGAAUUUCAGAUCUUCUACAGAUAUCUGAGAAACGUCUUGAAGAUGCUUUAGUGGACUCCUCUUCUAUUAGUUGUCUGGAAACCCACUUAUCUGAAGUGCACGAAUUUUCAAUUGCUACAGAUGUUGUUAUGACCUUUACCAGAGCUCAGUUUGAGGGUCAUGUGAAGGAACUUACUGAGAAGCUUCAUUCUGCUUGCAGACAAGUUGAUGUGCUUUGUGAAAAGAAUCUUGAUGUAGAAUCUGAAUUGAAUGCCUGUCUUUGUAGAGAAUUGAAUUGCAUGGAAGAAAAUAUGACAUUGUCCACGAGUCUUGACUACCUAAAGUCUGAGUUAGCAGUGUAUACUGCUCAGUGUAGAGCACUAAUUGAUCAAAACAGUGUAACAGUAUCAGAACUUAGGGAACACAAGAGUAGGACAGAAAAUGUCAGCAAUUCUUCUUACUUGCGUGAAAGCGAGUGCCGGCUUGAGGUUGUAAGGCUGGAGCAAUUGUUGGAAAGUGUUUGUAGAGAUGGGGCAGGACUGUUUUCAUCAAAUGUAGAAGCUGAAGUCAAAUGUAUAGUUCUCCAAGGAAAAUUGAAUGAACUUGAAACUUCAAUUACUUCUAUGAAACAAUCUGAUAAUGAACUGAUAAGGCUGCAGGACCAAUGUAAUGAGCUUACCAGGAGGCUUUCUGAACAGGUUCUUAAGACAGAGGAGUUCAAGAAUUUGUCUAUUCAUUUGAAGGAACUGAAAGACAAAGCUGAAACUGAAUGUCUUAAUGCUCGUGACAGAAGAGGAAAUGAAGGACCGCCGGCCGCUAUGCAGGAGUCAUUGAGAAUUGCAUUUAUCAAAGAACAAUAUGAAACUAAGUUGCAAGAACUGAAACAACAACUGUCUUUGUCAAAAAAACAUAGCGAGGAAAUGCUGUGGAAACUACAACAUGCAAGUGAAGAAACUGAGAAUAGAAAAAAGUCUGAAGCUUCUCAAAUAAAAAUAAAUGAAGAGUUGGGAAUGAAGAUCUUGGAAUUGGAGGCUGAGUUACAGGCUGUAAUAUCUGACAAACGCAAUUUGCUAAAUGCUUAUGACCUGUUGAAGGCUGAAAAGGAGUGCUCAGUGAUAUCCCUUGAAUGCUGUAAGCAAGAAAAACAAGAGCUUGAAGCUUCUCUUCUGAAAUGCAGUGAGGAGAAGUCCAAAAUUGAAGCAGAGCUUACCCUGGUGAAGGAACCAAUUGAGACUUUGAAAUCUAGUGUGAAUGUUCUGAAUGAGGGCAAUGGCACAUUGUCUUCAUUAAAUCCUCAAGAAAAAUCAAACCCUGCAGCUUUCAGUCACGAACCAGAAAGUGCAAAUUCAACCCUCAGUGUGCAACCUGAGGAUCCUCAUGCAUCUAGAGUUACGAAUGGAUGCCAAAUUCUCGGAACUGAAGAGGACGUGAAAAAAAAAGAAGAAAACAACCACAUGGCUUUAGCUGAAAGUUUGAAAUCUAGCAUUGACCACCUGAAUAAAGAAUUGGAAAGGAUGAAAAACGAUAAUAUGCUUCCUACAGAAGAUGGUCAAAACCAUGAGUCAAGUUUUCCAGGUCUUCACAGAGAACUGACACAGUUACAUGAGGCCAAUCAAGAGUUAGGAAACAUGUUCCCCGUGUUCAAUAAAAUCUCUGUCAGUGGUAAUGCAUUAGAAAGGGUGCUUGCUUUGGAGAUUGAGCUUGCUGAAGCAUUGCAAACCAAGAAAAAAUCGAGCAUCAAAUUACAGAGUUCUUUCUCAAAGCAACACAGUGACGACGAAGCAGUAUUCAGAAGUUUCAGGGAUAUCAAUGAGCUGAUUAAAGAUAUGUUAGAACUAAAGACAAGACAUUCUUCCAUGGAAACAGAACUGAAAGAGAUGCACGACCGAUACUCUCAAUUAAGUCUGCAGUUUGCAGAAGUUGAAGGUGAGAGACAAAAACUCAUGAUGACUCUUAAGAAUAUUCGAGUAUCCAAGAAGGCUCCAAAUUCUUCAACCUACUUCAGAGACCAUUCCUUAUCGCCGCACUAG